AUGGCGGAAACGGAAGCUCCCGUCGUGCCGACGCCCGUUCCAGAAGAGACGCAGGUGGAGGAGAAAGCCGCAUCCAAGCCGGCAUCCAAGGCCAAAGCAGCACCCAAGGCGAAGAAGCCAGCUGUAGCUAAGAAGCCCAAGGCUGCUCGCAGCUAUCCUUCUUUCGAAGAGAUGAUUACUGAAGCGAUUAAGACGUUGAAGGAGAGGACUGGAUCGAGCCAGAUCGCCAUCGCCAAGUGCAUCGAGGACAAGCACAAGAACCUGCCGUCGAAUUUCAGGAAGCUGCUUCUGAUUCAGUCCAAGAGACUCGUCGCAUCCGGCAAGCUCGUCAAAGUGAAGGCCUCGUUCAAGCUGCCGUCUCGGUCUUCCUCCACCGCCGCCGCCGCCGCGCCGGUUGCAGUUAAGAAGCCUGCUGCGAAAUCCAAAGUAGCAGCCAAGCCGAAGGCUGCUACGACCAAGGCGGUGGCAAAGCCCAAGGCCAAAGCCGACGGCGAUUGA